GUCCACUAUGACUUCGGAUUACGAAACAUUCUUUCCGUGUUGAGAACUCUUGGCGCAGUGAAGCGAGGAAACCCCACAGAGCCAGAGAAGACGGUGGUCAUGCGAGUCCUCCGAGAUAUGAACCUCUCCAAGCUGGUGGAUGAGGACGAGCCCUUGUUCAUGAGCCUUAUUAACGACCUCUUCCCUGGGAUAACCCUGGACAAAGCCGGGUAUCCGGAACUGGAGGCCGCCAUACAGAAGCAAACAGAAGAGGCAGGCCUCAUUCACCACCCACCCUGGAUCCUCAAGCUCAUUCAGUUGUACGAGACGCAGCGAGUCCGACACGGCAUGAUGACGCUGGGACCCAGUGGUGCGGGCAAGACAAGAUGUAUCCACACACUGAUGAAGGCAAUGACUGACUGUGGAUCACCACACAAGGAGAUGAGGAUGAACCCCAAGGCCAUCACAGCUUCUCAGAUGUUUGGGACACUCGACGUGGCCACAAACGACUGGACUGACGGCAUCUUCUCAACUUUAUGGAGGAAAACUCUGAAGGCAAAAAAGGGUGACCACAUCUGGAUAGUCCUGGAUGGACCAGUGGAUGCCAUUUGGAUUGAAAAUCUGAACUCUGUCCUAGAUGACAACAAGACGCUUACCUUAGCUAAUGGUGACCGAAUCCCCAUGGCACCCAACUGUAAAAUCGUCUUUGAGCCUCAUAACAUCGAUAACGCCUCCCCAGCCACAGUUUCGCGGAAUGGGAUGGUGUUUAUGAGUUCUUCGGUGUUAGACUGGAGGCCGAUCUUGAAAGCCUGGCUGCAGAAACUGCCAAAUGCUCAGUCGGAAAUUCUCUGGAACUACUUUAACAACGUCUUCCAG